GCAAAUGAGUGGCGCUCGCGGAUCAGACUCAGCGCGAGCAGUGUUAGCGUGAACGUGCGAGUGAAAUAACACACAAAAACUGAGGGAAAUCGUGAACAAAUCAGCAGUAAAUCGACAGUACGAUGCUUCUUUGUCUUUAUAGAUGAGUGUUUGUGCGCAUAGCGGCAGAUAAAGACUGUAUUUGAGGGUUCGUGAAUCAUGAAGGGAAACGCUUUCUCCCGUGAUUUAGGGUAGAAAGACAACAUCUGUCAAACACACACACACGGGACUCAUCACCCGUCAAUCAAACACUUCUUAACCUGAUUGUGCUGAGGAUGAUGAAGAUGUUGAUGAUGGUGCGGCCCUGACUGACACUCACACACACACACACACACACACGCACGCACACACACUCGGGAUCAUGGGCUCGUCUCUCAGUGAACCCUGCAUCUAUGAUAAGCUGUCUGAGAGCAUCGAGAUCCUCCGGCAGUCCGGCUAUCGCUACGGGAUGACCGAGAGAGAGAUCGAGAAGUUCAUCAAGCAGGUUCUGGAGACGAACGAACCCCGCCGAGACCCGCCGCAGUUCCCGAUGCUGAGGGCCGCCGUGAAGUUUGCAGUGGCGGUGGGGGUCCUGCUGGUGGCGGUGCUGGUGUUCUCAUCUCCUCUGGGAUCUCUCAGCGCCGCGGGACACAACAGCUCGUCUCCGCUCAGUCACGUGCGUCUGCUGGCGCUGCCCAUCGCACAGAAGUACAACCUGCACGGGUUUCACCAGCGCUGGGCGUCCGGCGCUCUACACGCGGCUCCGGUGAACUGCUCCGCCUGUGCAGACGUGACCGACGUGAUGGAACUCACUGAUACACUGAGAGCGUCUGCGGGGAAGAUCAGACUCACACAGCCACUGCUGCUCAAGGGUGGAGCGUCUCUGUCUCGGCGUGUGUCUCAGCUGGAUCAGUUCUCCUCGUCUGACUCUUUCUCUCCGUCUCCUGCCAACUUCACUCUGCUCUGGAGUUUCUCGUCCAGUCCCAGAGAGACGGUUCUCGGCUGGCUGUUCCCUGACGCGGAGCUCUGCCCCCUGCUGGAGAACACGGGCACCACACUGCAGCGCUGCCAGCUGAGUGACAUCACCAGCCCACGUCACACGAGAGUGCAGGUGUUGGGUUGGCUCGUGGUGGCUGACGGUUCCCCGGCGGUUCAUGUUCUUCCCGUCCAGCGAUGCCAAAACCACUGCCGCUCCUUCAGCCUGUGGCUGGAGCCGGGAGACAUGGUGUUCGCCGACCCGCGCCACUGGCUGAUGGAGCUUCUCCCGCACGGAUCUCAGGACGUGAUGUGUGACGGCCCGGUGCUCUGAGACCGCCUCCCCGUGCCAAUACUGUGGACUCGAGCUUCAGACGUCUGAAGAAAACCUUGGCUCGCGGCCAUCGGCGCGUUUGCACCGUUCAGAGACCAGAUGCUGAAUCCAGACGCCGCGGCACCCUCGGACUGUGUUCAGGAAAUGACAUCAUCACUUCUCUUCCUUCGUUGAGCUUUUCUGACCGCCGUAUGUCUGGAUGAAACUCAGGAACAUGUUCUCGGACAUAAUUCAUGCCGGAGUUUAAAAAAUAAUCAUUUUUUUUUGUUCACGCGUGAUUUAGGACUUGUGACAUUAUUUUCAUGACAAAUAAGCACUUUUGAUCAACUCACAUUACUGAGAUGCAAACCUCAAAAUGAAAAAUCUCAUUGCGGAAAUGCAAAAAUAAAUAAUAUAUGAAGUAUUUUUACAUCAUGGUAUUAUAUUUAUAUGAGGGAAAUGGGAAUAUUUUUUCUGUAAUAGAGUGAUGGAAACAAGCUUAUGGUAAAUAUAUUUUUAUAUGACGGUGAUGAUGACUUUCUGUUGGGUGUAUUACGGUAAUGAGAACCAGUGAUAUUUUUUUUGUAUAACCGUAAUGAGGAUGAGAAUAUCGGUGUAUUGUGGUAAUAAAAAUGAGAAUUUAUUUCCGUAUUGUAACCUAGGUGAUGAGAAGGAUUUUUUUUUUUUGUUACGGUAAUGAAAACAUAUAUUUUUGCAUUACAGUAAUGUGAAGGUGUUUUAUUGUCAUGAAUAUAACGUCACGACCCAUUUGUCUCUGAAGCUCCACAGAUCAGCCAAUCAAAGCACUUUAAAUGAUGGUCAUCACCUGAUGAUGUCACAUCCUGGUGAGUGUUGGGUGGAGUCUCGCCGCUCCUCUCCACCAAUCAGAGACGACCGAAUGUGAUGACGUCAUCACCGCGAUCAGAUUGUGUUUUUUUGUGUCCUCCGGAGAUUAAUCACUGUAAAUAAUGAGAAUAAGAUGAAGAUUAUGUGAUUUACUAAUAUGAUUCAGAGAUCUAUGUUGAUUGUGAUUUUACACAGUAAACAAAAGCUGCUGUUCGUAA